AUGGCUGUUCAGACUGGUCAAUUGGACUAUGAAGACAAACACGUCCAUCGGGUAUAUGAAGAGAUCGCAUCUCAUUUCUCUGCCACACGCUACAAGCCGUGGCCGGUGGUGGAUUGGUUUCUCCGUGGUCUACCUGUUGGAUCUGUCGGCCUAGAUAUCGGUUGCGGAAACGGGAAGUAUCUGACCGUCAAUAAAGAUGUCUUUGUUAUUGCUUCAGAUAGGCAUGCUCAGUCUCCCUUCAGCCGUGUGAAAGACAUGUCUGACUGUUCCACUAGGUCAAAAGCACUCGUAGACAUUGCAAGUCAGCACCAACCUCACAACGCCCUUGUGGCAGACACAUUGAAUCUGCCUCAUCCAGACUCUCGAUUUGACUUUGCCAUCUCGAUCGCAGUGAUACACCACCUCUCCACGAAAGAGCGGAGAAUCGAGGCGAUCUCGAGAAUUCUACAGACACUCAAGCCACCCUCGGAAAACGCUGACAGUGGCCAAGCGUUGAUUUUCGUCUGGGCGCUGGAACAGAAAAGUAGUCGACGAGGGUGGGACAAAGGCGACAAUCAGGAUGUGUUGGUCCCGUGGGUUCUCAAGCCUGAUCACGGCGCCGAUUCUGAAUCCCCGAAAACCUAUCACCGCUACUAUCACCUGUACCAUGAAGGAGAACUUGAGGACGAUGCAAAGACCGCUGGUGCCCGGAUUGUCAAAUCUGGCUAUGACCGGGACAACUGGUGGGUCAUUAUUGGAAGGCAAGGUUGA